AUGGCGCCUCGCCCGAGUCGUCGCUCGAGAGCGCUCGACUCAGACGACGAGGAUUCGCGAGCCAACACCCCAUCAUCCACGGCUCGGAAUGACAGCAAGCGACAGCGAAGAACUGUCGAAUCCGACCAUGAAGACCACACCCCCUCUGACGGCGAGUCUACGCCUGCUCCAGCACCAGUACCUUUGCCGCGCCCAUCGCAGAUGUCAGCGAGAAUGACCAGUAGCCUUGACCGUCGGCAGGCUCAUCAGCCUGGUGCCAUUGUCCGGGUGAAGUUGACCGAUUUUGUCACGUACACAUCGGCCGAAUUCUUUCCUGGACCUAAUUUGAACAUGGUCAUCGGUCCCAAUGGAACCGGGAAGAGCACACUCGUCUGUGCAAUAUGCUUGGGCCUUGGGUGGCCACCAUCGUAUCUCGGACGAGCCAAAGAGCCCGGUGAAUUUGUCAAGCAUGGGCAUCGCGAAGCAACUAUCGAGAUUGAGCUGCAACGAAAGCCCAAUAUGCGCAAGAACCCGGUCAUCACAAGAGUUAUCAAGAGGGAAGGAAAUAAAUCCGUUUUCACGCUCAACGGAGCGCAGUCGACGGGAAAGGCAGUCCAGACAUUGGCAAACUCGUUCAACAUCCAGAUUGACAACCUCUGCCAGUUUCUGCCUCAAGACAAAGUCGUGGAGUUUGCCCAAAUGAGUCCAAUCGAGCUGCUGGCGAGCACUCAGCGCGCCGUGUCAGGCCCGGACAUGUCGAGAAUGCACGAGGAUUUGAAGAAGCUGCGCAGCUCGCAGACUCAGUUCAUGAACGAACACAAACAGGACCGAGACCAUCUGGCCAACUUGGAAAAUCGACAGGAAAUGCAGCGAACCGAAGUGGAGCGGAUGAGGGAACGAGCACUGGUUCAAAAGAGACUUGAGUGGUUGAAUAUGUGCCGCCCGGCCGCCCAGUACACGGACGCCAAGACGAAGUAUCAGGCAGCGAAAGACAGGGUCAAGGUACUCACGAAAGAGUUGAAGCACCUCAAGGCUGCAGCGGCACCCAUGUUGGAGAAAUGGACGGCCAAGGAGGACUACGUGGCAAAAGUACAAGCCCUGAAGGUCCAGCGGGAAGAGGAACUCGCCCGCAGUGAACGCGACUGUGACAAGAAGGCCAAAGCACUAGAACGAUGCGAGGACCAAAUCCGCGAUCUGGACAACAAGAUUGAAGCGGAGAAGAAGACCAUUCCGAAGACUCGCGAGGAGCUCAAACGUCUGCAGCACAAGAUCAUAGAGCUCAGACGGAAACGCGAGCAAAAGCCCGAAGAGUUCGAUAGUCGUGCCCUAGCUGAAGAGAUUCAAGAGUUGAAGAAUCAGCAGAGAGCGCUGGAUUCGAAAAAGCCCGAGCUGGAGGAGAGCAAAGACAAGCUGAGAGAACAAGGCAGGAGGGGCAACCAACGCCUUGCGGAUUUGAACAACCAACUCGUCGGCUUGGAGACGCACAGCGGUCAGCAAGAAGGCAAAUUACAAGAACUGUCACGGGACACGUUCCAAGCGUGGAAAUGGAUCCAGGAGAACCAGGAAGCGUUCAAGCAACAUGUAUUCGGCCCGCCCAUUGUGGAAUGCUCAUUGAAGGACCCGCGCAUGGCGGAUGCCAUUGAAUCCCUGCUGCAGGACAACGACUUCAAGUUCAUCACUGUCCAGAAUCAGGACGACUUUAGAUUUUUGCAACGCAAGUUGUUCCGCGAGAAGGGCUUUCACGACGUCAGUCUACGCGUUUGCACCAACGACAAUCUAGAUCAAUUCCGCCCCCCUCUCUCGCCUCUAGAAAUGGAAAGGUAUGGUUUGACAGGCUGGGCUCUGGACAAUCUUGAAGGACCCCCCACGGUGCUUGCCAUGCUCUGCAUGGAGAGGAGCCUGCAUCGGUCUGGGAUCAGUUCGAGAGAACUGACCCAGCAACAACACGAUGAGCUGGCAAAGACAACUGUACAAAACUAUGUUGUUGGUAGGAAAAGCUACCAGUUCAUCCGACGGGCGGAAUAUGGAGCGGCGGGAACCUCUGCGCGGGUCCGCGAGGUACGCCCGGCCAGAAGAUGGACCGAUCAGCCCGUCGACAUGGGCAGAAAGGCAACUUUACAACGAGAUAUUGCCAAAGAGAAAGGAGAACUCCAACUCAUCAAGGAAGCGUUUGACAACAUUAAACGCGAGCUUGCGGAGAUCGAGGAGAAGAAGCGGGACUUAGAAGCAGAGGCAAACAAGAAACGAGAAGAGAAAGAUGCGCGACAGAGGGCCCUCAUGGAAUGGAGGGCACUUGAACCAAAAAUUCAAGAUAACGAACAGAAAGUGAAGAAGUUGCAGGAGACGUUGGAUGGAUUCCGAGAGCGGGUUAGGGACCUCAAGGAUCAGAAAGACAACGCCCUUGUGGCCAAAACUGAGGCUCUUCUGGACUACGUCUCGGCGGCAAGAGAGAUCAGGGUCAAAUAUGCCAGCUUGUUAGAAGCCGAGGUCAUGCUCAUCGAGGCCAAGUCGGAUUUGGAGAGUCUCCGGGAGCAGAACGCGGAGAUCACCAAAACGAUUGAGGAGAAAUCAGCAGAAGAAACACAGGCCCGAACUGUGUAUGAGGAAGAGUUCCAGCGGGCCAAGAAGGUCUUGGCCGCCGUUAAGAAAAUGAAGGCCCUUGCCGACGAGCUGGUCGAAAAGGAAGGCGACCGUGGGCUCCUUGAGGUGUUUACUUUUGUUGCAGGCAUACAAAACGAAGAAGACCUCGAUGCCGAGAUUGACGCCGAAAAGGCCAAGCUGGAACUGACCGAAGGCGGCAGUGCCAGUAUCAUCAGAGACUUUGAGGAGAGGGCCAAGGUCAUCGAGCGGUUGCGUGCCAAACUGGCCGACGCGGACAAGCGGCAGGAAGAUUUCAAACACAGCAUCCGAGAAAUACGCAAUAAAUGGGAACACCGACUGGACGAGGUUGUUUCCCGAAUCAACGAUGCUUUCUCGGACUCGUUUGCACGGAUUGGCUGUGCUGGGCAAGUGGCUGUCUACAAGGCAUCUUCGGACGAUCCGGCGGACUGCACCGAGGAAAAUGGUGGAGCGGAAAACGGGCUCGACUUUGCCAACUGGGCGAUCCAUAUCAGUGUCAAGUUCCGAGAACAGGAGCCCUUGUCCCUUCUCGACAGCCACCGCCAGUCCGGGGGUGAACGAGCAGUCAGCACCAUUUUCUAUCUCAUGGCGCUCCAAAGUCUAAGUCGCGCUCCGUUCCGAGUCGUGGACGAGAUCAAUCAGGGCAUGGACCCGAGAAACGAGAGAAUGGUUCAUGGACGAAUGGUCGACAUCGCGGCGGAUGAUGGAGGUAGUCAAUACUUCCUGAUCACACCGAAGCUGCUCAGCGGGCUGAAGUACCGGCGAGGUAUGACGGUCUUGUGUAUCGUGAGCGGUGAAAACAUGCCUGCUGCGAGAGAAAGGGACGAGGACGGUAACUGGGUCGAAGGACCGAAAGUCGAUUUCCGCGCUCUUGUGGAGAAGGCCAAACAGUUGGGGGCCGGUGCCAGUGACGGACGGCGCGUCGACUCGGGUGUCAGUAUGAGUUUGGGCAGAAGAAGUCUUGGGAAUGCGUCGAGUCAAGUCGCCGCCGUGGGAGCUUGA